AUGACGGGCGGACGAGGAAAGUCUAGUGAUCCAGCCGGUGGUGAUGAUACAGAAAAACGAGAUACCAACGACAAUAACACCGACCCACCAGUAGGAUUUACCGAGGCGAUACCUAAGAAAAAACGCUACAGUCGUGACUUUGGUCUACAAACCGAGCAAACAUUGCAUGUAAAUGCUACAGACUAUCGCCAAUCACCACGGGGUCGAUCCGUGAGACAUUCAGUACGGCCAAGGCCUGAAGAUUAUGAAUUUCCGGGUGAGAACGACAUGGAUUACGAUCCACGAGCUCCAGCACCCAUACGAGCAACCACCCUGCUGAACAUGAUGCAUAAGUGGCAUGUGCAGUUUAGUGGCGCACUCGACGAGGACGUCGAGAACUUCAUCAUGAGAUUCGAUGAAGGCUUAAGUAUUGUUACAGUGAGGGAUGAGGAUUUAAUUAAAGCUAUCCCCUUCUCUGUACGUGGUGCGGCUUUGAUAUGGUAUCGAGGUCGCGUACAUAGCUUCAGAAGAUGGUCUGAUGUAAAGCAAGCUAUGAGAUCCAGAUUUGCAGAUCCAGACUAUCAGAUGUCGUUACGUGAAGAAAUCUCAAAUCGCACGCAGGCCCACGAAGAGCCAAUAAGUCAGUAUAUUGCCUGCAUGAAUGGCUUAUUUUCACGUACUAAUCCGCCAUGGCCAGAGGUAGAACGGAUCAGAUACACGCAUCGUAACAUGCUACCGUCGCUCCAGUUAGUCAUCUCAGUGCAUGACUGUUGUUCUAUGGGCGAGUUAGAGAGUCGUGCUAUACGCCAAGAGCGUAUAAUACAGCGAGCGAGUAAUUAUCGACCACUACCAUUACCUCGCAACUCAAUGUGUCCCUCGUUUGCAUACCAAACGCAACCGCGACACUUACAGCAACGAAACUCUAUAGGAGAUAGAGCUCCAGAGUCCCGUGAUCGCGAUCGACGUCGCCAUCGAAUCGUUCAAUUGAGAGCAGCUCAAGAUGAUGAAGUAGAAGAUGAAGAGGACGACUACUCAGAAGAUGAGGUCCUCGCUGAACACCUCGACGCGCUCCAGCUAACGAGACAUGGCCGUCAAGCAAAUAAACAUCAGAGGUUCUCAGAGAGAACAAAACGGCCAGUUAAAGAAAACGAUACUAGGGCUACCAAAGAUUUGCUGGAACCCCUAGCAUCCAGCAUUGUUAUAGAUCCAGAGAAGUCGAAAACUGAGAUUCCAGCUCCAGUUUUUGCAACAACAGCUGACGAGUUCCGAUCUUGGAUAGCAGGAUAUCCACUGAAAGCUUUGAUAGACUCAGGAGCCUCAAAAUCAUUUCUAGGACCUGAGGGAAUCGCUCUAGUUACUCAACUACGUUUAUCGCCCGAGACCGUAUCAACACGACGAGUGAUACUCGCGAACGGAGAUAUACAGCAAGUUAAUCAAAUGACGACUGUUGAGUUGCAGAUAGGAAAUCAAACAGCUACAGCAAAAUUAUAUUUAAUGCCAUCACUAUCCCAACCAUGUGUACUAGGGUUGGAUUUCCUCAAGAAGAUGGAGAUGAUGAUUGAUUUUCAACCUGACAGCAAGUUCCAGUUUACAGCAGAGACAACUCCAUCGUGUGCAAUUAUCUGUUGUGGAAUCCAGUCAUUAAGCCCAGCAGAGCGAGACACGCUACAGACGUUCGUGGAUAAAAAUAUUCGUCCUCCAGGAAAACUAGGAGUUACCAAAUUUGCAGAGCAUGACAUUGACUUUGGAGACAAUCCACCAGUCAAACAAAAACCGUACAACGUCACGCCAAUACUCCUGGAAGCUAUAUGGAAAGAAGUUGACAAGAUGCUAGACGAUGAUAUCAUUCAGGUAUCCCACAUUACAGUAAAAGAUGCCUACCCGAUCCCCAAUAUGACAAGCAUACUGGAUCAACUAAGACGAGCCAGAUACAUCACAACUCUCGAUUUAAGUCAAGCUUAUUUCCAGAUACCGCUUACCGAACGAGCAAGACCGAAAACUGCUUUUGUAGUGCCUGGUCGUGGACUGUUCCAGUUUAAAAGAAUGCCUUUUGGCCUAACAAACGCUCCAGCAACAUUCCAGCGUAUGAUUGACCAACUAAUUGGUCCAGAAAUGCAUCCAUACGUGUUCGUAUAUCUCGAUGACAUUAUUAUCGUGACGGAGACAUACGAGGAACACCUGAUAUGGCUGCAGAAAGUAUUAGAAAAGUUACAGCAAGCCGGAUUAACAAUCAACCGGGAGAAGAGCGAAUUUUGUUGCUCAGAGGUUCACGACUUAGGAUUCAUUGUGAAUUCAGAAGGACUACAGAUCGAUCUAGAGAAGACUUCAGCUGUACGGGAAUUCCCAGCUCCUCGUAACAUCAAACAGCUGAGAAAAUUCUUGAGAAUGGCGUCAUGGUAUCGACGAUUCAUUCCUGAGUUUGCAACUAUCGCGUCAUCUCUCACAAAGUUACUGAAGAAAAAUCAACUUUGGGAGUGGGAUACAGAGCAGGACAUGGCUAUGAUAACUCUGAAGGAGCAUCUCACCUCUGCUCUAGUACUAGCAUGUCCAGAUUUCAAGCUGCCGUUUACGCUACAGACCGAUGCGAGUUUAGUAGGACUCGGCGCUGCCUUGACACAAGUCAUCGAUGGUCAAGAACGCGUCAUUGCGUAUGCAAGCCGAUCAUUAACGGACGCCGAGUGUAAGUACACCGUUACAAAGCAAGAAUGUCAUGCAGUCAUCUGGUCAAUUCGUAAGUUCAGGUGUUACUUAGAGGGAUACGAGUUUACAGUAGUUACAGAUUACAGCAGUCUACGUUGGUUACAUAAUCUGAAAAACCCAACAGGUAGACUUGCCAGAUGGGCAAUAGAGUUGAUGCAGUAUCGGUUUACGAUUAUUCAUCGUAAAAGUGCACUACAUCACGUUCCAGACCCGUUAUCGAGAAUUCCAGAAGAUCAGAAAGAAGCUCUAGCUGUCAUCGCAGAUGAUGUGGACCGUUGGUACAAUAGGAGAAUAAGAGAUGUACAACGGAGACCCGCCGAAUUAGAAGACCGCAACGCAUGGAAAUUAGCCGUGAGACGGGCGUUCCAUCAACAAGUCAUCACCGAGUGUCACGCUACACCCGGAGCCGGACACCUAGAAGUCGACAAGACUUACAGACGACUUGCAGUGAAUUAUUGUUGGCCAAAUAUGUUCCAGGACGUGGUGAAAUUUGUUCGAGGCUGUGAAACUUGUCAGCGUACCAAAGUGGAACAAGCACCACCUGCAGGCUUCGUGGGUAAAAAGAAAGUGGAGGCGCCAUGGUCAGUUAUCGCUACAGACAUCAUGGGUCCAUUACCAAAGAGUAUAAAAGGACAUGCCUAUCUACUGGUAAUACCGGACUUGUAUACUAAGUGGAUUGAGUUACGACCACUUAGGCGAGCUACAGGUAUAGCGAUAAGUGAAGCUCCAGUCCUUUUGACAGAUAACGGUACAGAGUUUGUAAAUAGAGACAUCAGAUCUCUCGCAGAGCGAGUGGGAUUUCGGCAUAUGACAACACCACCAUAUCACCCACAAGCAGAUCCAGUUGAACGAGUUAAUCGAGUGCUCAAGACAAUGAUAACAGCAUUCAUCGACGAAAAUCAUCGGAAGUGGGACAAAUAUUUACCACAAUUUCGCUUUGCCCACAAUACAGCGCACCACAGUUCCAUUCAAACGAGUCCAGCUUUCCUGAACACAGGAAGAGAAUUGUCAGCUACAGGUUCACUUCGACAGGAGGUGGAAGGAGAAUCAGAAUUUAUACAUGGUCUGCUCCAGGAGUGGCAAGCAAGGAUGCGACAGCUAAACAACCUGCGGAAAAGCAUCGUCUACGCGCUAGAUACAGCAUUCCAGUAA